AUGAAAAUAUUUUCGUAGAUGAAGGAUUAAAACAUCAAAACUUAUCGGUUUAUUUACAUUUCGCGCCAAACGUAUGGAUUAAUAAAUAUGAACCUGUGAUUUGUGUUAUUUCGUGAUUAGUAUUUACGAAUUUUAAUAUCUUUAUUGCAUGUAAGGCAUUUUAGCUUAUAUAGGUGAAUGUCUAAUUAGUUGGUGUGAGACAUAAUUUGAGAUCGUAAAAUCUUCAAAAAUUCCACUGAUAAUUUGUGAUGUUUCACCGCAGAAACUUAGCGCUUAUUUGCUGAAUAUUCAAGAUCAUUCCUACAACUUAAAAAAUUGCUUUCUUUUUAAAAAAUUAUACCUUUCAGGAAUAUUUUUCAUUCUCAUAAACCACAUUUGGCAGAAAUUAUUAAAUUAUUUCCGAUAUUCGAAUACCUACAUGAAGAAUGCCACGGAGGAGCAAAUUUUGUGGAAUAAUUUAGUGAUGAUAGUGCAAGUCAUAAAAAGAAUAUCUGAUUUUCACAAGAAAGAAAAAGAAACGAAGACGGAAAAUGACAGAGGAGAACACGAUUGCAGAUUUUUCUUUAAGAAAAAUUGAGCAGAUUUUACCUGCUGAUCGUGUGUCAGAAAUAAAUCCUAGUUUGAUAACUUUGGAAAAUGAUGUUCCUUCGAAAAACAAUGUCGAAAAAAAUCAAGUGGACAGAAAUACUUUGAAAAGUAUUUCACCUAAACCUGGUAUGUCUUUGUCUGAUAGAAAUAAAACAGGUAAAAUUUUUCCUAUAUUUACACUAUCAAAUUCUUCUUCCAUUAGUAAUCAGACACAAGGACAUGAUUUACCUAUACAUAAUAAUUUUCUUCCAGAGAGUAAUAGCCAGGAUAUUUCAGGCAAUCAAAACAAAAUACCAUCAUUUUGUUCCGGUGAAUCACAUUCUAUCAGUACUACUAUGAAUAAUAUUCAAGAAAUUCAGAAAGCAGACUUAGUAAGUGACUGUUUUUCAUCACAUCGAAGAAAAAGAGGUAAAAAAUGUAUUAAAACAGUUAAACAAGUAACAGAUAAUCAAAUUUCUAAGUGCCAUAUGACUAUUGAAAAGCAAUCUACUAAGAAAAUUCUUUUAUCUCGUGAAACAUUUAAUGAUUCAAAGAAUGCAACAAGCAGUAAUGUUGUGUCUGAACAUGUGAAUAAUUCCGUUAGUGAUGUUAAAUUCUCAAAAAUCAUAUCUCCAAAGGAUACAAAUACAUCAGCUGUCAAAACAUCUUUUAAACUUUUCCCCCUUUUUUCAAAGAUCUCUCCAACACAAGAUUUGAAACAAAAAGAUUGUCCAAUAGAAGAAGAAGCUAGUAGAAUUACAAUGAAAAAUAGUUCACAAGAAUCAUUAACCAAUAAAAGAAGAAAAUGCAAAGUAAAAAUAUCAGAAAGUCCAUCUGUCAUUUCGAAAAAAGCACAGAAACCUAAAAGUAGAAUAGGAUCUAAAAAUGCGAAGUUUAUAUCUAGAAAAACUAUUUCAUCAGUUAAAAAAAUUUCUAAAAAGCAGCGACAAAUAAAUAAGAACAAAUCAGUUGUUUGUUCCGAAUUUGAAGAAAUAAGAAUUAAAAGCACACCUGAAAAGAAUGCUAAACAGAUCCAACAAUCUACUGAAGAUAAUGUAUUUGAAGAAAAUAACACACCGAAAGCACUGCCUUUAACUAAACAAAGAAGAAGUCGAAAAUACAGGAGAAGAAAUAAAUGGUUAAAGAAUAAUUCUGAAAUUUCUGACGAUAUGGAUAAUAUAAAAUCAUCUGCUAAUCAAGUUGAUUUUUAUGAUGAAACUAUUAAUAAAUCUACUUUAAAGAUUGAAAAUUCUGUUGAGUAUGAAACAGAGUGUAAAACUAAUAAUUUUAAAAUCGUUGAUAACAAUGCAGAUGCAGCAACUUCAGUAAUAUCAAACAAUAUUGGUUCAAGUAAAGCACAAAAAUUGUUUUCAAUAUUUUCACAUUCCUCUUCAGACAACAAAGUGAAGGAAGACAAGGAAACAAAUGUGGAAGAAAAUACUUCAAAUGAAUGUGCUGUAGGAAAAUCAUUGAUAAAAAAUAUGCAAAAUAAUUUGGAUGUUAUGUUAUCAGGCAAAAAAGAUGAAAAGCUUUUAAAAGAGGUUAUCUCAUCAGAUAGUUCAAAUAUAAAUUUUAUACAAGGGAAUAUGCUCAUGAAUAAAAUCAAUAAAAAUUUUCCAAACUGUAACAUGUCUGGUAAAAUCUCCUCUGAAAUUAAUAAACGAAAAUUAGAUUUGAAUAUGUUAAAAAAUGUUUCAUCGAUUAAAACUUCACAUAGUAUCCCCAUGAAAAAGAAAAAGAAAGCAUUUAAGAAUACAUCAACUAAAAGAAUUCGUCAAAAAAAGAAGAUUAUCAGUAAACAUAAACAAGUAGAUGAUUCUCUGGUUGAAGAAGAAAUUGCUGUAGAUAUUUCUGAAAAGAACAUGGAAAUCUUACAUGCCACCCAAAGCAGUGCACAUGAAGUUAAAGAUGAAAUAGUAGAAAUUUCUCUAACAGCUAGAAAAUAUGAUGGAAAUUGUAGAGAAAAAAAAGAUUCCACUGAAAAUUUUCAUGGUGGAAAUAUGGAAUUAUCUGAAAACGGAAGUAAAUUUUCUAGUAAAAUAGUUAUUGAUGCAACAGGCAUCAAAAUAAAAGAUGGCGUAAGUUUUCAGACAGACUGUAUAUAUGAUAAUUCAUUUCGAAGUAAAAAAAGUGGUAUGCAGUUUUCUGAGAAUGAUGUAAAUUUAAAUAAUGCUUCUAGAAAUAAACCUUUGUUAUUUUCACUUUUUUCAAAGUCUUGUCGAGGAAGAGAGGUGAAUCAAAAUAGUAAUUUGCCACAGAGAGAACGUAGUUCAGAGAAUAUUAUAAUUUUGGAAAAAACAAAAACUGAGGAGAAGCAAAAGAAGUUGGAGAUGAAACAGCCAGGUAUGUUAAAAGAAACCUUCUCAGAACAGGGAAUAUCAAUAGACUAUAAUAAAAAUCUCAAAACAGAAAACAUGCCAACAAAAAAUAACAAUGAAUUACAUGUCCAAGAAACUGUUUCAUGUAAAAAAGUACAGGUACAGAAAAUUCAAGAGACUGUUUCAGCUGAUAUUUUGAGUAAAGUUCAAGAAGUAAUGCAGAAUAAAAGGCUUCAAAAAAUAAAUGCAUGUAAAGAUCCAGCUGGUAUAUCAGCAAACAAUAUUUUAAAAACUAAAAGAACUGCUAAAAAGAAGCAUUUACUUAAUGUAGAUAACUCAUCAAAUGAUUCAGUAAAUGGAAAAUUUUUUGAAAUUACAUCUCAAAAUAGCACAAGUAAAGUAGAGCAAUUUUAUAAAUAUGGUAAUAUAUUUCAGAAAAAUAAUUCAGGUAAUAUUGCUGUGGCAGUUAAAAGAAAAAAAAGGCGGAAAUGUAGGAAAGGGAAACGUCAGAAGACUAACAAUGAAAUUUUUGACAGAAUUUUAGAUGGAGAGAAGCAAACUAUUACUGAUGAUGAACUUUCUGGUGAUGUAAUUGAUGCAUCGGAGCUUGAAACAAAAUGCAAAAUUUCUGAUAAUGAUUUUAUGAAUGCUUAUGAUUCUGUUACAGCUUUACCUGAAAAUAUGAUCAGUGCCAAUACAGAUUCAAGUAAACCAGUGAAGUUAUUUCCACUUUUUGCAAAAGCUUCUCCAAAUAAACAUGUGAAGCAUGAAGAUAAUUUGUUAAUGGAAGAACUAUCUAACUCUGAUUGUGGAAUAGAAAAAUUAGCGUCAACACCAAAGCUGAGUAUAAAAUUUUCAGACCAACUCAGAGACUCUUCAAGUGAAAAUGUAAAAUUUAAGGAAAAGCAAGAAAUUAAAAUAUCAAAAAUUACUAUUUCAAGUGAAAUUUUAGGUAUUGUACCUAAAGCUGUGGAAAGCAAAAGAAAUAGAAAAACAGCUAAAUGUGAAGAUAAUGCAAAUAUAUCUGAAUAUAAUAUUUUAACAUCAAAAAGAACUACAAGAAAAAUGCAACUAAUUAAUAUAGAUAAUUCAGGAGAUGAGGAAUGUAUGUCUCAGAAAAGCACAAAUAGGAACUAUUCUGCAAAUAGUGAUAUAAAUAAGCAAAGUGCUGUAGUUAUUCAUAAUAAUGAUUCAACAGAUGAAGAAAUAAUUAUUGAAAAUGUGUGUAGAGAUGAUAAAAUUGAAAGCCAGCAAACUGAAAAUUUUCAAAAUGUGAUUAAAAAAAUUAAUGUAGAAAAGGCUUCUAGUGACAAAUGUAAAGUAAAAAAGGUGCUGUCAACAGAGGAAGAAAAUUUCGCACCUUUUCCAUCUUUCACUCACUGUAAUUUUUCAUACAAAGAGUUCAAUUCUGGUAUUUUCUGUAGUACUUCAAAUGAAAUUUUAUAUGAGGAUAUUAAAAAACCAUACUGGAGCCAUAUAGUAGGCUUGACUGAUGUCAAAAGCAUUAAUAAUGAAAUCAAACGAGAAAAUGAAGAGAUAUGUUCAACAUCUCUAAUACAUGAGAGAUUAAAUGAUAAUGUUUGUGAAAAAAAGGUAUAUGGAAGAACACAGGAUGAAAUGCUUUGGACUGAUUAUUUAAAUGAUUUGAAAGAAGAUUUUAAUAAAUUUACUUUAGAUGAAAUAAGAACUUGGCUUUUGCAGUGGAAAUCUAAAUUUAAAAAACCUUGUGUAGAUGAAUCUAGUAUAGACAGUUUUUCUUCUAAUAGUUCUGAUUCAACUGAUGGUGUUUCUAACAGUAUAAUUAUAGCAGGAAUGCCUGGAACUGGUAAAACGAGCAUAGUUCUGUCUUUAGCUAAUGAACUUGGAUUUAAAGUUUUAGAAGUAAAUUCUUCAACUUGUCGAAAUGGACGAAGUAUUUCUAAUCAGUUGAAGGAAGCUCUUGAAUCAUAUCAUGUUGAAAAUAUUAGAAUUGAAAAUGCUAAUUCUGAAACAGCAUUAACUGAUGAUAUUUUAAUAUCUUCGAGUUGUAGCAUUCAGAAAGGAAGUUGUAAAGGUAUAUUAAACUCUUCCAAUGAUGUGUUUAAUGAAGAACAAAAUUCAAAAGGAAAAGUUUAUCUAAGCGGUAGAAAGCUAAUCAAAUCUAAAAAAGUAUACUUAUCAGAUAAAGGACAGAAAACUUCACCUCAAAAAGAGCCAGGAAGAAAUAUUAAAACCUUUUUCAAGUGUGUUAAUAAGGAUGAGAAAUGCAAUUCAAGUAAUUUCAAAGUUAUGCAACAAAAUGUAGAUAAAGAUGAAAGUGCGACACAUAAAGGCUCCUCGAAGAAAAGAAAAAUUGUCAAAGAGUUUUCUCAUGAUAAAAAUUCUGAAUUGGACCAUACUAAAAAAGAAAUAAAGCAAGAGAUGAGUUCAUGUAAAAUAUCCUCGCUAACCAUAAUCUUAUUUGAUGAUAUUGAUGUAGUAUUUGAAGAAGAUGAAGGACUCUGGAAUACAAUUAAAGGAUUUCUGAAGAUAUCAAGAAAGCCUGUCAUAUUUACUGUUAGUCGAAAUUUAGCUUUUGUGAAAGCUAAUUUGGGUGAAGAUAUACAAGUUUUAACUUUGAAACCAGCAUCACAGGAUAUUGCUGUUGAAAAAGUGAAAUAUCAAUGUGUUAAACACAAUAGAGGAAAUGCAGCAAUUGAUUUGAAGUUGCUAACAUCUCAUAAUGCAAAUGACCUGAGACGCAGUUUAUUGGAUGCUCAGUUUUGGACACAAGAAAAAGAAGUUAGUUGUUCUUAUAAAGGAAGCUGUUCCUGUAUGUUGAAUACUUCAGAAGUGCCCUUAUAUAAAAGAGUUCAUGCCAAUAGCUUUUUUUUGGGCUCCCUAAAUUUUUUAGCAUGGGAUUUAAAACAACUCUUGUUGAAUAACACACCUGCCCAUUCAAUGGAUAUUAUUUCCGAAUAUCUAAAAAUGGGUUAUGAUGUAUUACAUAGCAAUAUAUUUUCAGUGAUGAAUGUGUUAGACAAUUUAAAAACAGAACUGUUAUGGCAAAAUAUACGAAAUUCUGAUAUAGAAAUAGUGAAUUCUGCUUCGGAAUCCAAUAUGUGGGAUGAAGCUUGCAAAUUAUUUGAAUUAAAAAAAAGAGCGCUUUUAAAGGGAAGUUGCUCUAAAGAUUUAUUUGCAUUUUCAUCCUUACUGGAGGAUUUUAGUUUUGCAGAUUCUUUGAAAGGGCAGUUUUAUACAAAUUUUCACUGGCUUUCAAUACCUGAACGAGUAAAAAAGUGGACAGAUGGUUUACCAAUAUGUAGUGAAAGUAAUUUCCAUAGUUAUGGUGACGUAUUAGCUGACAUAAUAGCUCUGAUGAAUAUUUAUAAAAUCCGAGAGAUGUGUUCAAACUAUCCUGAAACAUACCAUGCACCAACUGGGAAAUCAGUUCAAUUAUUCCUAGAUCAGCCACUAAAAUGUGAUUAUAUUUUUAAUAACAAAACGGAACAACAAUUACAAUGCAUUUCUACUGCUCUGCCAUCUUUGCAUUUCUUGACUAAAACAAAUCUGAAUAUGGACUAUCUAAGUACUUUAAAAAUUAUGUGUCAAAGUGAAUAUUCUAAGCAGAUGAGCAACUGCAAAAGAAGUCGACGAUUUUUGCAUUAUUUUGAUUCUAUAUCAUUAGCACUUGAUAAAUUCCAUACUAAGUUUAUUUUAGAUUCUUAAAUUUGAAUUUUUAUGAACAAUCGUGUAAAUAAGGCACUAUGUAAUCAUAACAUUAAGUUUUCUUAUACUUAAUAGGGUAAUCUGUUAUUGGGGGGGGGAGACCUGAUUCAGUAAUGUAUGCAUGUAUGUGUUUUUAUAUACACGUACACAUGUGCAUAUAUUCUGAAUCUGGUUCUGAUAACAGAAGAGUACGCUUAAUAGUUUAGUUACGGAGUUGAUUAGGAUCCCUUUGAUUUCAACAAAUCAUGUUGGUAAAAUAUAUUUUUACACAAUUAUUUUUAUCUUUUAAAUUUAUUAUUUAUCUUGUAAUUUUAAUAUAUUUAUGAAACCUUUUUUUUUAAUUUUAGAAAAAUCAUGUACAGUUUAGAAUUUAGUAUUAAUGUUGAAGUAAUAUUUAUUUAUGACAAGAAGUAAAACUGAGUCUCACUAAUAACAUAAUUGAAGCAAAUUUAGAAGCAGAAAACAAUUUUCAAAGUAUAGUGAAUUUUUAAACUUGUGUGGAAAAAUUGAUCUCAAAUAUUCUUUCCAGAAUAUGAUUGUUUCAGUUAUAUAUAUUUAGAGAGUGCUUAAAGAAGUAAGUAUUUAUAUUAAUUUUUAAUUUAAAAUUAUACUUUUAUGAUGUAUUAAAUAUUUUAUAUUUUUUAGAUCUUUUCUGUUUUAAAGAAAAACAUGUACCAAAUAAUUUUCUUAGAGGGAUAUAUGCACUGAUUGGCACUCUAGCAAGGAAACAUACUUCUGUUAGCUUAUUUUAAUUGCAGUAAAAUAUUUAUAACCAUAAUAAAUACAUAUCUGUUUGGCUAGUUAUUUCCAGUUAACGGAUAGUGAAAUAGAAUAACACUUUUAAAAACUUUUUAUUAACAUUAUUAUUUUGAAAACACUUGCUUUAAGUGAUAAGAAUAACUCAAUUAAUUUAAGGACUGCCUGCCUACAGUCACUUGCAUCUUUCUGUGGAAAAUUGUUUCUUAUGUGGGUAAAAUCCUAGUAUACGGUGCAGCCUUGGCUCGACUUUGAAAAUUAUUGCCAACACCAAAAAUGAUCCAAAGAACGUCUAUACAGUCAAAAGUCGUUAAUCCGGACUCGUUAGGA